ACGGUUUCCAACUAAUUUAUGACGGAAAUCAUCUUGGCAGUGAUUGUUGGAUCGCUUCCCCUUCCGCAGAAUCUGACAGUUUCCAACAAAAUGAACCACCUCAGCAUAUUUUUUCUAGAAUGAAUACUUUCUCGUCUUCCGCAAAUUUUCUUUCUAACGGUUUACAGCAAAAUGAACCACUUCAAUAUAUUGGAUUUCAUCUCGGCGAUAAUAACUGGUUCAUUUUCCCGCCUUCAGCAGAAUCGAGUAAGUUUGCUUUUUAUCAUUUCAGCACAGUUGAAAAUUUUUUACCUCCAAUACCUCCACCAAUGCGUGCAAAAACAUUAAUACCUGCAAAAUUAGCAAUGUCGAGAGCGAUAAAUUCAAGUAUCACACAGAUAAAAGUAAAUAUGGAGAC